AUUUUUAAUUAAUUCCAUGUGAAAAAGGUGAGAACAUGUGAGGUAAUGUGAUUUUGUUUUGUCACAUCUUUCUUCUGUCUUUCUUCUUUUUUAAUUAAGUGCAACUCAUUUGACAUUAGCACCGAAUUUGUAUUUUGUAUUUAAAUACUUUUAUUACCCUUGUGUACCAAUAUGUUUCUCCUCAUACUGUAUAAUCUGUAUUUCCUCACUGAGCUGUAAUAUCACGCCCUAACCACCAGGUGUCCUCCUUGUGACGGCAGAGGAUUAAAGUACCAGGUUGUAACAGGUGACAAUUCAUACAGAGGGUAACAGCCUCUUUAUGAACUGACUGAAUCAGUUGUGAAGUGAACUCUAAACACUUGUCAAAGUGAACUACAGAUCCACAUCUGACUGUGCAGCUUCUGCACUGAAGAGCCACUGAAACUUGUUGCCUAAAACUUUUCACAAAUGAAUAUUUAUUAUUAAUCAAAUUUACUGUGCAAUAAAUCUGGAUCAAACAAGAUUUAUGGACCAAACUAUGCAGUUUGCAACAUUAUGAAAUUAUGUAGUUAAUAUGGAGAUGAAUGACAUGUUUUUUCUUGACUUGAAAAUGUCCUUUCUUUCAUUUUCUGGCAGCCCGUUUGUGAUAUCAGCUGAUAAAUUAGUCACAUAAUUAUUUCUAAUUUUGAGUAACUGGUUGGACAGCCGUUUGGAGAAAUUGAAUACUGCUGAAUGAGCAACUUGUUUGUGAUGUUUUCAGUGUACUGCUCCUUUUCCUGAGAUACACAACUCCACAUAUGGUCGCCGUGUCUCCGCCCAGUUACCCCAGACUCCCGCUGUUGUUUCUCCGCCCAGUGCGUGAGUGUGGACUGGGAGAUAACAGUGGAAACUGGGCAGGGUCUUGCCUGCACAUGAAAGCAGCUUCGACGCGUGCACGGUCCAGUUUAUCUCUAGAGAACAUGACGAGCCUUUGCGCAGCUGCGAGACUUUUAACUGCGCUCAACUUCGACUCGGUGUGACAUCGGUGAUUCCUGUGGGCGUUGCUGCGCAGACACACCGGCGUUGUUGUAAGCUACAACUUUGGGAAGUGUGUGGAUUUGUUGUGAGAGCUGAGAAGGAAUGCGCGGAUUUGGUGGCUUUUCCUCUUGUUGUUUCUCUCCUCGGAACCGCGUCGUGACUCCAGCCAAUCUGCAGUGUCCAUCUGCUUUGUCGAGUGUUUUUGUGAGCGUGCAAUCGUCAGCGAACAUGCAGCACGAUGUGGAGCUGCACCCCUGCCUCUAACAGACUGUUUACCUGUGUUGAAACGGAGCAAGGUCGCACGUCUUGCCUGUGCAGAGGCUCCAUGGGAAACCGCCGCGCGUAACGCCGGCUCUCCAUGGAGGACUGGUGGAGAAGCCGCUCAUCACAAUCCACACUUUAACACAGUAAGUGACACUUGAAACAAGAUGAGUCAAGACCAGGACGGGAUAUCCUUACCGGUGCCUUGCUUUAGCGCUUGUCCCGGCAUAGAGAGCCUCCGCGGUGAGAGCACCAGCAGCAGUAGCGGUGGGGGAGGUGGCGGUGCCUCCGGGAUCCCCGCAGCGGGGAGUUUCUGGCAGGACUCGGUGAUCGGAAGCGGGGUGCUCAGCCCCACCGCAGGAAGCUGCCCGAUGGACGGCGGAGGCUUGCUGUCCACAGGGAAGUCGUGCAAAAACAGGCCGGUGACGGUGGCCUAUGUGGUGAACGGAGAGGCGAGCCAGCAGAAUAACGCGGAGAGCAUGGCUCUGCAGUGUCUGAAGGACGCCUGCGACACGGUGGGCAGCAAGCUGGAGACCGUGAACUUCAGUAAACUGGACUUUGGGGAGACCACGGUGCUGGACCGCUUCUACAACGCAGACCUGGCUGUGGUGGAGAUGACGGACGCCUUCCGCCAGCCCUCGCUCUUCUACCACCUGGGAGUCAGAGAGAGCUUCAGCAUGGCCAACAACAUCAUCCUGUACUGCGACACUAACUCCGAAUCCCUCCAGUCCCUGCAGGAGAUAAUUUGCCAGAAGAACACUACAUGCUCAGCCAACUACACCUUUAUCCCGUACAUGGUGACGCCCCACAACAAGGUGUAUUGCUGUGAGAGCAGCCUGAUGAAGGGCCUGACCGAGCUGAUGCAGCCCAGCUUCGAGAUGCUGCUGGGACCCAUCUGCAUGCCCCUGCUGGACCGCUUCAUCCAGCUUCUCAAAGUGUCGCAGGCCAACUCCCAUCAGUAUUUCCGUGAGACGAUUCUGAACGAGAUCCGGAAAGCUCGUGAGCUGUACACUGGCAUGGAGCUGGCUGCCGAGCUCAACCGAAUCCAACAGAGGCUGGACAACGUGGAGUGCCUCUCAGUCGACAUCGUCAUCAACCUGCUGCUGACGUACAGGGACAUCCAGGAUUAUGAGUCCAUCGUGAAGCUGGUGGAGACCCUGGAGAAGCUUCCGACCUUUGACCCCGUGGCUCAUCCGCAUGUGAAGUUCCACUACGCCUUUGCACUGAAUCGGAGGAACCUGCCAGGUGACAGACAGAAAGCCCUGGACAUCAUGCUGCCCCUGGUGCAGGACGAGGAGCAGGUAGCCUCGGACAUCUACUGCCUGGUGGGGCGGAUCUACAAGGACAUGUUCCUGGAGUCUCACUUCACUGACACACAGAGCAGAGACAACGGCACACUCUGGUUUAAAAAAGGGUUUGAGUCAGAGCCAACACUACACUCUGGUAUCAACUAUGCCGUUCUGCUCCUGGCAGCCGGACACCAGUUUGACACGUCUUUCGAGCUUCGCAAAGUGGGAGUGAAGCUAAGCAGCCUGCUGGGUAAAAAAGGCAGCCUAGACAAGCUGCAGAGCUACUGGGAUGUGGGCUUCUUCCUGGGCGCCAGCAUCCUGGCCUGCGACAACACCAGGGUCAUCCGGGCCUCGGAGAAACUCUUCAAACUCAAAGCCCCCAUCUGGUAUCUGCGCUCGCUUGUGGAGACCAUCUUGAUAUAUCAGCACUUCAAAAAGCCUGGUAUGGAGCAGCCGGCCCCCAAACAGGAGCUGGUGGAUUUCUGGAUGGACUUUCUGGUGGAGGCAACCAAGAAGGAUGUCUCCUCUGUCCGAUUUCCUGUGCUGAUACUGGAGCCCACCAAGGUGUACCAGCCUUCAUAUUUGUCCAUAAACAAAGACGUGGACGACAACACGGUGUCUAUCUGGCAUGUUGCUCCUGAUGACAAGCACAAAGGGAUUCAUGAGUGGAACUUCAGCGCUACAUCAGUACGAGGUGUCAGCAUCUCCAAGUUCGACGAGCGCAGCGCCUUCCUCUACGUCCUCCACAAUGCAGAAGACUUCCAGAUCUAUUUCUGCACAGAGAUGCACUGUAAAAGAUUCUGCGAUCUGGUCAACAGCAUAACAGAGGAGACCUGGAAAGGUCCGGAGGAGGGAGACUGUGACAAUGACGCCUUAGAGUACGACUAUGAGUACGACGAGCACGGAGAGAGGGUGGUUCUGGGAAAAGGCACGUUUGGAGUGGUGUACGCGGGCCGAGACCUCAGCAACCAGGUCCGACUGGCCAUCAAAGAAAUACCAGAGAGAGACAGCAGGUACUCUCAGCCGCUCCACGAGGAGAUCGCUCUUCACAAGCACUUAAAACACAAGAACAUCGUCCAGUACCUCGGCUCCAUCAGCGAGAACGGCUUCAUCAAGAUCUUCAUGGAGCAGGUCCCUGGAGGGAGUCUGUCGGCACUGCUGAGGUCUAAGUGGGGCCCCCUGAAAAACAACGAGUCCACCAUCGGCUUCUACACGCGACAGAUCCUGGAGGGGCUCAAAUACCUGCACGACAACCAGAUAGCACACAGAGACAUCAAGGGUGAUAAUGUUCUCAUCAACACCUACAGCGGUGUCCUGAAGAUUUCAGAUUUUGGCACAUCCAAGAGAUUGGCUGGGAUCAACCCCUGCACGGAGACCUUCACAGGCACACUACAGUACAUGGCUCCUGAAAUUAUAGACAAAGGUCCUCGGGGAUACGGUAAACCAGCGGACAUCUGGUCUCUCGGAUGCACCAUCAUAGAAAUGGCAACUGGGAAACCACCUUUCUAUGAACUGGGAGAACCACAGGCUGCCAUGUUCAAGGUGGGCAUGUUUAAGAUCCACCCAGAGAUCCCGGAGUCCAUGUCGCUGGAGGCCAAAGCGUUCAUCCUGCGCUGCUUUGAACCCGACCCGGACCGUCGUGCCACUGCCUUCGACCUGCUCACCGACGAGUUCCUCACAGUCACCAGCCGCAAGAAGAAGAGCAAGAGCAGCUUCACAGCUCUGUCUCCAGGGUCAGAGUACCUCCGCAGCAUCUCUCUGCCGGUGCCCGUGGUGGUGGAGGACACCAGCAGCAGCAGUGAGUACGGCUCCGUCUCCCCUGACAACGACCUCAACACCAACCCCUUCAUCUUCAAGCCCAGCGUCAAGUGCUACAGCGAGAGAGAUGUCAAGGGGCCCAGGUCGCUCUUCCUCAGUAUUCCUGUGGAGAACUUCGAGGACCACAGUGCCCCUCCAUCUCCUGAUGAGAAGGAUUCAGGGUUCUUUAUGCUUCGGAAGGACAGCGAGAGGCGAGCCACCCUGCACCACAUCCUCACAGAGGACCGGGACAAGGUGGUGGCCAACCUGAUGGAGGCCCUCACACAGGGCUCUGAGGAAAUGAAGCUGAAGCCUCAGCUCAUCUCCACCCUCGUGGUCAGUCUGGCUGACUUUGUGCGCAUGGCCGACAGGAAGAUCAUCGCCAACACGCUGAGUCAACUCAAGCUGGAGCUGGACUUCGACAGCAGCGCCAUCAGUCAGCUGCAGGUCGUGCUGUUUGGCUUCCAGGACGCUGUAAACAAAGUGCUGCGAAACCACAACAUCAAGCCUCACUGGAUGUUUGCUCUGGACAACAUCAUCCGCAAAGCUGUGCAGACCGCCAUCACAAUCCUGGUGCCAGAGCUGCGGCCUCACUUCAGUCUGGCCUCAGAAAGUGACCCGGCCGAUCAGGAGGACGUCGACGACGACACUGAGCCGGAGGGAAACUCCGCCCACCAGAGCCGGGCUCCUCCCAUCGCCGCCCACGACGACACCGUGGCCACGUCGGGAGUCAGCACGCUCAGCUCCACCGUCUCACACGAGUCCCACAAUGCACAGCGCUCUGUGAGCAUGGAGCUGGGCAGGAUGAAGCUGGAGACCAACAGGCUGCUGGAACAGCUGCUGGAGAAGGAGAGAGAGUAUCAGGCCAUCCUGCAACUAGUGCUGGAAGAGAGAGAGCAGGAGAUCAGACUACUGAGGCUGCGAUCUGAGCCCGCAGACGUCCCCACGUCACCCACGGAGGGAGGGACGAGUCAGACUCCAGACAGACAUGAAGACUCGGAGCUGACCAGCUGGCUGAGGCUUUACGGUGCUGACCAGGACUCCAUAGAAAGAAUACUGAAUGAGGAGUAUACGUUGAACGACAUCCUCCAUGAUGUAACAAGAGACGAUCUGAAGAGUUUAAGACUGAGAGGUGGGAUCCUGUGUAAACUAUGGAAGGCCAUCACAGACUACAGGCAGAAGCCAACCUGAGGCCUUAAGUGGCGACAACCACUCAGAGAAGCCAGGACCUUUGUCCCAUUAACUCAGUAUUCUCCUCUUUACCUCAGAAUUUAUAAGAGCAAGACUUUUAGGAGAAGAACCUGUGUUCACCAUGUGUGCAGAGCAGCUGUCAAUUCAUACAACAAAACUCCCUGACCGUUGUUCUUGUAGUGUUUUAUAAUUAUGAAACAAGGAUUUUGGAUAUGAGGUCAUUGUGAAAGCAACAAUUACUAAGAAGUGCCACUAGUUUUGUUAUGCCUGAUGGACAUGGCGCUGCGUUUUUGUUACAGGUGCGUUUGAAAAUGAUAAUUUUGGUGGAAAAUCUAUCAUUCAAACCUUGAAAACUGUCAAAACAUUUUUCUCCCGUCUUUACGAGAUGUCACGUUUACAAAGCUGGAGACUGACUUUUUUCUAAUAUAAGCCUGAGAUACAAAAUACUACAUUCGAAUUCAUCUGUACUAAUAUUUUUAUCAUAGGCAUCUAGUCACUACUUUAUUUAAAUUGAUUUUUAAUUUAAUUGUUAUGGUAAUCUGAAGGAUGUCAAUGCAUGCCCUCUUUAAUUUCUUUUUUUUUCUUUUUUUUUUAUCAGUACUGAGACUUAUUUGAAUUGUGGAUGUUUUUUUUUUCACAUUUCCUUUUUUGAUAGGAAUCUACAUUUUUAUUUUUCACAAACAUGUAAAUAUUGUGUUAUAAAAUUAUAUGUGAACAACAUUUAUGUACUUUAAAAAUAUAUUGUUAAACAUUGUCAAAUCUCCAUGUGGACUGGAGCGAGUCUAUGAUGAACAUGUGAAACAUAAAUUGGAUAUUAUUGUAUCUCGUAGUGUCAAAAAUCAAAGGAGAUAAUAUUCAGUUAGUAAUUGAUAUUACAUUGGAUCAUUUGCUCUGUUUUUGUUCUUGUACACUGACAAAAUUGUGUUUAUCUUGCUUGUGUAGAUAUCAAUCACAUGUAUGUUGUUAUGAAAUAUCAAAUGCUAAACAAAUUUCACAUGGAAGAGCCUUGACUUUUUUUUAAAUUAUUUUAAAACAUGAUGUCAGAAACCGGGGGAAACUAAUCAUGAGCAGUGUGUCUGUUUUGUUUCAUAUCUAUAAUGAUUCAAGAUUUUUGUGUCAUAUUGUUAAAUAAAACUUUUCAUCUUGAAACUGUGAAACAAA